GCCCAUCUUCCCCUCGUCCGAAUGAAUCAGAUGCUGUUUCUCCAUUCGCCACUCUUUCUUCUUCCCUGUGCUCUCUUCUUGCGAAGCGAUGGACGCAUACGCGCUCCACCUCGCCAUGGCGGCGCUGGUCGGCGCUUCCUUCGUGGCCGUCUCGGCCUACUACAUGCACCGCAAAACCCUUAGCCAGUUGCUGGAGUUCGCGCGGUCGGUGGAGCGCGAGCGAGCGGCCGCCGCCGGAGGCGGCCACGAGGACGGGGGAGUGGAGAUGGAUGGAGAGACCUACCGGAGGGCGUCCUUGCGGCGUGGAAAGCAAAAGCACCACCGCCGGAAGGGGGCGGGGUACUACCGCCGCCGCGGCGGGUCGACGUCUUCGCCGGACGUCAUACUGGCGGCUGAGGUCGACGGGGAGAAGGAGGAGGAGGAGAAGCAGAUGCGACUGGCGAUUAAAGGGCCGUUCAGGGCGGCGGCGGGGCCCGCCGAGGACGACCACCGGAGCCUGCCUCGGCUCCACAUGGUCUCGGAAGGUAAUCGGGGAUCACCAGAGUUUUUGUCUGGGUUCUCUCCGGAGUGAGUUUGUUUUUUUCUACUUUUUCUCCCAUUUCUUUUUUCUUUCUUUCUUUGAUAUUAGAAAAUGGUGCGAAUAAUGUACACGAUCUCUUUUAAGUAGUUAACAAAUGAACAUAAUACCAUCAAAAUCUCUGAUCAAUCAUAUGUGUGCUUAAAAAAGUAGAAAGAAGUUGUUCGAGGGUAUGUGACUGUAGACAAUUAUGAAGCACAAUCUGUUUGAAGGUAUUUGAUAGCGUUUUCCCAUA